UCGAAUUUGUUUCCAUUAAAAAGAAAACAGUUCUUGUGUGCAAUAACAACACGGCAAUGUCCGCUAACUGAAGGAUAAUAAAAGACCAAAAGCGAAAGCUGUUCCACCAUCACCAUCACCACAAUCAACCCAUAAUAGACUCAUCAUCAGCAUCGUAACUCCACGCAACGCAGCAACAUUUAAUCAACAACAUUAAAAAUAAAACCAAAAACGUAAAAACCAAAACAAAAAUCAACAAGAACAUAGAAAGGAUCAGAUCAGAGCAGGAGAAAAUUCAGCAGAGGAGAAGGACGAUACCUGAAAUCGUCGCAUCCGGGCCAGGAAUCUUCCAGAUUCCACAACAAAUCAGUAGCCAAGUCAUCGGUCUCUCGAGCUAAAUGUCCAGUUGCCGCUAUCGUGCCAUGCGGACGGCGUGUCACUCCCGACAAAUGCGUAUUGUGGUUCACCUUGUGUAAUAUAAUUAUGGCCGAGCGGUCGUUACAAAAGUAUCAGAAAUUGGAUAUAGUGACGGUUGGAAGCGGCUCAGGAAGUAGUGCUAGCAGAGCAUCAACAGGACUUCUUAGGCGGGGGCACUUGGGUCGAAAGGGAGCCCAUCGCUUAGCUGAUAGAAUGGGUGGCCCGAAAAAAGAGGAAAACCCGCCAGGUGGUGGUCCGACGUCAUUGUUUAUCCUUACCGAGGAUAACCCAAUUAGGAAGUACACACGAUUCAUCAUAGAAUGGCCGCCCUUUGAAUACGCUGUGUUAUUGACAAUCAUAGCCAACUGUGUUGUGUUGGCGCUAGAGGAGCACUUGCCAGGGGGCGACAAGACAGUAUUGGCUCAAAAAUUGGAAAAAACGGAGGCCUAUUUAUGCAUUUUCUGUGUAGAAGCAUCGCUCAAGAUCCUCGCCUUAGGGCUUGUUCUGCAUAAACACUCCUAUCUCAGGAAUAUUUGGAACAUCAUGGAUUUUUUCGUUGUAGUUACGGGAUUCAUGACACAGUACCCACAAAUAGGGCCCGAGGUAGACCUAAGAACACUUAGAGCCAUUCGUGUGCUACGGCCCCUAAAAUUAGUGUCUGGAAUUCCUAGUUUACAAGUAGUUUUAAAAUCUAUAAUCAAGGCGAUGGCACCUUUACUGCAAAUCGGUCUCUUGGUGUUGUUUGCAAUCGUAAUAUUUGCAAUCAUUGGACUCGAGUUUUAUUCGGGCGCACUGCAUAAGACUUGUUAUAGCUUAGAAGAUCCAAACAAAUUAGUGAAGGAGGGCGAAUCAGAGACGCCUUGCAACACGGACAACAUCACGGAGAAGACGACUGGCUCCUUUGUGUGCAACAACAGCACGAGUAUGUGCCUGGAGAAGUGGGACGGACCAAACUCGGGCAUCACCAGUUUCGAUAACAUCGGCUUUGCCAUGUUGACCGUAUUCCAAUGUAUCACAAUGGAGGGCUGGACGUCAAUACUAUAUUGGACCAACGACGCAUUAGGUUCAGCAUAUAAUUGGAUAUAUUUUGUGCCUCUAAUAGUUAUAGGCUCAUUUUUUAUGCUCAACUUAGUUCUUGGUGUCUUAAGUGGAGAGUUUUCGAACGAACGAAACCGUGUCGAGCGUCGCAUGGAGUUUCAGAAAUGCCGCUUUCGGGCCAUGUUUCAGACCGCAAUGGUCUCGUACCUUGACUGGAUCACACAAGCAGAGGAGGUAAUACUCGCUGAGGAGCGUACAACGGAAGAGGAGAAAAUGCACAUAAUGGAGGCCCGAAGACGAAACGCGGCCAAGCGGAAAAAGCUGAAAAGCUUGGGCAAAUCCAAAUCAACAGACACCGAAGAAGAGGAGGCCGAGGAAGACUAUGGGGAUGAUGGAUAUCUGAAAACCCGGUCGAAACCCCAAGGCAGUUGCACCGGAUUCUGGCGAGCGGAGAAGAGGUUCCGCUUCUGGAUCCGGCACACGGUGAAGACGCAGUGGUUCUACUGGUUCGUGAUAGUCCUCGUCUUUCUGAACACAGUCUGCGUGGCCGUCGAGCACUACGGCCAGCCCUCGUUCCUCACGGAGUUUCUGUACUAUGCGGAAUUCAUCUUCCUCGGCCUGUUCAUGUCAGAGAUGUUCAUCAAGAUGUACGCGCUGGGUCCAAGGAUCUACUUUGAGUCGUCGUUCAACCGAUUUGAUUGCGUUGUCAUUAGUGGUUCGAUAUUCGAGGUGAUCUGGUCCGAGGUGAAGGGCGGCUCCUUCGGCCUGUCCGUGCUGCGUGCGUUGCGUCUGCUGCGCAUCUUCAAGGUCACCAAAUAUUGGUCGUCGCUGCGCAAUCUGGUCAUCUCCCUGCUGAACUCGAUGAGAUCGAUCAUCUCGUUGUUGUUCCUGCUCUUCCUGUUCAUACUCAUAUUCGCCCUGCUCGGCAUGCAGCUAUUUGGCGGCCAAUUCAAUCUGCCCGGAGGCACGCCCGAGACCAAUUUCAAUACAUUCCCGAUAGCACUGUUGACCGUAUUCCAAAUCCUGACCGGCGAAGAUUGGAACGAGGUCAUGUACCAGGGCAUCAUAUCCCAGGGUGGUGCCCAGAAAGGAAUGAUUUACUCUAUAUACUUUAUCGUUUUGGUACUCUUCGGAAAUUACACGCUAUUGAAUGUGUUCUUGGCUAUCGCCGUUGAUAAUUUGGCGAAUGCCCAAGAACUAACAGCAGCCGAAGAGGAACAAGUCGAAGAGGAUAAAGAGAAACAACUGCAGGAGCUGGAGAAGGAGAUGGAGGCCCUUCAGGCCGAUGGCGUUCAUGUGGAGAACGGCGAUGGCACGGUCGCCACCAGCAAGGCCAAAAGCAAAAAGAAGGAGGAGGAAAAGAAGGAGGAGGAGGAAGUGACCGAGGGCCCCAAGCCAAUGCUGCCAUAUUCAUCAAUGUUUAUACUAUCACCGACAAAUCCCAUACGACGCGGCGCCCAUUGGGUUGUUAAUUUACCAUAUUUUGAUUUCUUCAUUAUGGUUGUCAUAUCAAUGUCAUCAAUAGCAUUAGCAGCCGAAGAUCCCGUUCGAGAGAACUCGAGGCGAAACAAGAUAUUGAAUUAUUUUGAUUAUGCAUUUACCGGCGUAUUCACGAUAGAAAUGUUGCUGAAAAUUGUAGACUUGGGUGUGAUACUGCACCCUGGCAGCUAUUUAAGAGAAUUCUGGAAUAUUAUGGAUGCUGUGGUCGUUAUAUGCGCUGCUGUUAGUUUCGGUUUCGAUAUGAGCGGUAGCAGCGCUGGACAAAAUUUAUCGACUAUUAAAUCGCUACGCGUAUUGCGUGUCCUACGUCCAUUGAAGACCAUUAAGCGAGUACCAAAAUUGAAAGCCGUCUUCGACUGCGUCGUGAACUCAUUGAAAAAUGUUGUUAACAUUCUAAUCGUGUACAUAUUGUUUCAAUUUAUAUUUUCUGUUAUUGGAGUCCAAUUGUUCAAUGGAAAAUUUUUUUAUUGUACGGACGAAAGUAAACAUACUUCCGCAGAGUGCCAGGGCUCGUACUUCAAGUACGAGGAGGAUGAGCUGCUGCCCAAACAGGAGCUGAGGGUGUGGAAGCCACGUGCCUUUCACUACGACAACGUUGCCGCCGCGAUGCUGACACUCUUCGCCGUCCAGACCGGCGAGGGAUGGCCACAGGUCUUGCAACACUCAAUGGCUGCCACUUAUGAAGAUAGGGGUCCAAUCCAAAAUUUCCGGAUCGAAAUGUCCAUAUUUUAUAUUGUGUAUUUUAUUGUAUUUCCAUUCUUCUUCGUCAACAUAUUCGUGGCCUUGAUUAUUAUUACGUUUCAAGAGCAAGGCGAAGCUGAGUUACAAGAUGGUGAAAUUGACAAGAACCAGAAAUCCUGUAUCGAUUUCACAAUCGGCGCACGACCUCUCGAGCGUUAUAUGCCCAAAAAUCGUAACACCUUCAAGUAUAAAGUUUGGCGAAUCGUUGUGUCAACGCCUUUUGAGUACUUCAUUAUGAUGCUGAUCGUAUUCAAUACGCUCUUGUUGAUGAUGAAGUAUCACAAUCAAGGAGACAUGUAUGAAAAGUCACUGAAGUACAUCAAUAUGGGAUUCACUGGGAUGUUCAGUGUGGAAACUGUGCUGAAAAUCAUUGGAUUCGGUGUUAAGAACUUCUUCAAGGACCCUUGGAACAUAUUCGAUCUGAUCACCGUUCUGGGCAGCAUUGUGGAUGCACUGUGGAUGGAAUUUGGGCACGAUGAUUCGAACUCAAUCAACGUCGGCUUCCUGCGCCUGUUUCGUGCGGCGCGUCUUAUCAAAUUACUCCGUCAAGGCUACACAAUACGCAUCCUCCUGUGGACAUUUGUACAAUCAUUCAAAGCACUCCCCUAUGUCUGUUUGCUUAUAGCCAUGCUAUUUUUUAUAUACGCCAUUAUUGGCAUGCAGGUGUUCGGGAAUAUCAAACUAGGUACAGUGGAAAAUUCCAUUACUAGGCACAACAACUUCCAAUCAUUUAUUCAAGGCGUCAUGUUGCUAUUCAGGUGUGCAACUGGCGAGGCCUGGCCAAACAUCAUGCUGGCCUGCCUGAAGGGCAAGGCCUGUGACGAGGACGCCGAGAAGGCACCUGGCGAAUACUGCGGAUCGACGCUGGCCUACGCCUACUUCGUAUCGUUUAUAUUCUUUUGCUCCUUCCUGAUGCUGAAUCUGUUCGUCGCCGUCAUCAUGGAUAACUUUGAUUAUCUAACGAGGGACUCCAGCAUAUUGGGUGCCCAUCACUUGGACGAGUUUGUGCGCAUAUGGGCGGAAUAUGAUCCAAAUGCGACUGGAAAGAUACACUAUACCGAAAUGUACGACAUGCUGAAGAAUAUGGAUCCCCCGCUGGGAUUCGGCAACAAGUGUCCCAACCGACUGGCCUACAAGAAGCUGAUCCGCAUGAAUAUGCCAUUGGAUGACGAGCUGAGAGUCCAGUUUACCACAACGUUGUUCGCUCUGAUUCGGGAAAAUCUUAGCAUUAAAAUGCGAGCGCCUGAGGAGAUGGAUCAGGCGGACAUGGAACUGCGGGAGACGAUCACCAACAUUUGGCCACUACAGGCAAAGAAGAUGCUCAACCUGCUGGUACCGCCGAGCGAUCAGCUGAACAAGGGCAAGCUGUCAGUUGGUAAAAUCUAUGCAGGUUUCCUCAUCCUGGAAUCGUGGCGGAGCACGCGAUUCGGCCAGAUUGACUCGGGAAUGCCGAAACAAUCAUUCUUUAACUGUUUGCUCGACAUGGCCGCCCUCGACAAAGGAGGAUCGCGUCAGGGCUCCAUAAGUUUUGAGCCGAAUGGGGAAGGAGCCGCCAACUCACAGACACUGUUGUUAGCCAGCACGCACCAUCACCACGCGAACGGUGAUGCCGAACACAACAACAGUUUGGCAACACUGGCACGGCGGAGUACGAUCAGAAAGCGAUCAGUUAGAAACAAAAAGAUGCUGGAGCUGCAGGAUGCGUCGAGGCAUCCCUCCCAGGAAUCACUAACCGGCGCCGAUGCUGGCCAUCUACAUCCUGGACAUUCGUACAUGAAUGGACACAGGCGAUCGCCUAGUCUGAGGCACAACGGCUCUCCUUUGGCGAGAUCUCCCAGUCCUCGACGACGUGGCCAUCAAUACAUACAUCAUGAUAUCGGGUUCUCCGAUACCGUAUCUAAUGUUGUAGAGAUGGUCAAGGAGACGCGUCAUCCUAGGCAUGGCAACAGUCAUCCGCGGUAUCCAAGAGGUUCAUGGUCAGCAUCGACAAGUCCGGCCCGUUCGCCUUCGCCUUCUCGUUAUGGUGGUCAUUUGUCUCGCAGUAAACGCACUCAACUGCCUUAUCCCACAUAUGGGACAACCAGUCUAUGUCAAAGGUCACGAUCGCCGAGUCCCGCUCGACUUCAGGAGAUGCGUGAACGAGACAGACUUGGUUAUGGGAUUGAUAUGGGUGGCGCGCACGUCCAGCACAGCUACCCAACGUUGGCAUCCCGGCGUGCCGGGAUCGGCCGCCGUCUACCGCCGACUCCCAGUAAGCCGUCGACGCUGCAGCUGAAGCCGACCAACAUCAACUUCCCCAAGCUUAACGCGAGUCCGACCCACACGCACCACUCGACGCCCCACAGUGUUCACUCGCUGCCACACCACCGCGACCUGCUGCGUGAUCCCAGAGACAUGUACUACAGCAGCAGGGAUCGCGAGCGGGAUCGGGAGCGCCUUAGGGACCGGGACCGAGAUCGAGAUCGGGAUCGAGAGCGCUUGCACGAGUACGACCUGCGAUUCGAGUACCGUGAUCGUGAACGGGAGCUGUACGAGCGCGAGCGGGAUCGCGAACGGGAGGUCGAAAGAGAAAGACUGGAAUAUAUAGCACCGCUGUCGUUCGAGCAAGCGCUGGCUAUGGGCCGAACAGGCCGUGUACUGCCAUCUCCAGUCCUGAAUGGGUUCAAGCCAAAGAGCGGCCUGAAUACUCGACACUCCGAUUCGGAUGAGGAGGAUUGGUGCUAGCAAAGGCUUUGAUUGCGAUCGCGUAAUCGAAAGGAUCAGAUCUGGGUAUAGCAUUCGGCCAUAUGCUCAUCACUGUCAGCACCGAACUUGGAUCACAAUUUUGAUACGAUACAACACGGAUACCAGCAGCAGCACCAUCCACAUCCACUGGCACACCCACAGCCACAGCCACAGCCACACCCACACCUACACCCCCAUCCAUAUCCGCAACCGUAUUCACAUCCCCUCCAUCUCCAUCACCAUCAACAUGUGAUGUACCUUCCGCACCGAAGAAGGUAUGCCCCGCAUCCAACUGACAUCAAAUUGGCCAGAGACGACGACGGCUUACAGCAGGAAUCAGUACCGAAUCGACCAUCGCAAUCGCAACUACAACUACUACAGCAACAACUACAACUACAGCAACCACUACCACUAGAUAUGCAUCAGCAACAGUGGCUCCGGCUGGGGCCAUACGAGUCCGCUGCCGCAACGAUGGCCUACUCGCUGCCCGAGACCAGAGCCACGUCGCCCCACUCCGAUAUCGAGUUCAUUGCGAGAACUACUAGAACAACAGCAACACCAAGGACAACAACAACUAACAAAAACGAAGCAAUGAUAUUAAGCGUACCAAUUAAAAUAACAACGUCCCCAUUAGCUAUUAAAAAGAUAUAUUCAGAUAA